ACAAACGAACGACAACCACUGACUACCGUAAACGGAGAGUCAGUAAGAGCGGAGUGACGACGAAACUAGAGAACAAUAAAACGACGAGUACACAUAAUUCUUUUUAUUAAUUUUAGAAGUAAAUUCAUCCAAUAAUUUUGUAACAUCUCGCGCAAACCACAACACAAAACAAACAACAACUCAAUAGAAAAAAAACCAUAAAAACAACAAAACCCAGUGUCAAUUUCCAGUUAAUAGAAUACAAAAAAAAAGAAGAAACCCCAAAUUUUGUAUAUAAGUGAUUUAAGCCCAACAAAGCCAAAGUGACAAAAUUAGCAAUAAGACCCAGUAUAAACCAACGCAAAAAGAGUAAAAUCGAAUUGUGUCAAAAAAACCCACAUACCUACAAAGAAAACAAAAGUUAAUUUCUUAAGAAAAAACCCCCCAUACACUCAUUCAUACCAAUAAAACGCCAAAAAAAAAACUCCUUGGCUAUGGCAUUUAACUCAGGGAUGGCUCUUCAAAGGCUACAAGUGUUAACAAUUUUGGCCGUGUUGGCUAUUUGCUGUCUGCCGCUAACAUAUGGCAUCUUGGAUGAGGACGAGUACAAUUCCAUUUACAGGGAACAGUUGAGGGAGGAGGUUAAUCAAGAAGUGGGGAGAUUCCCAUUUCUAAUGCCCAAUGUACGGCCGAAAACGCCCGAGUUAUAUCUGUGUACACCCAUAAAAGUGGACUUUUCGAAAAGUUAUUAUAUAGUGGGUUAUGAACCAAAUGCCACCAUGAAUACGGCGCAUCAUAUGCUGGUCUAUGGCUGUGGUGAACCUGGAUCAAGUAAAACUGUAUGGAAUUGCGGUGAAAUGGCCAAAAAGUCUUCCGAAGAUACGGCAAGUCCCUGUGGAGUUCAAUCACAUUCACAGAUAUUAUAUGCCUGGGCGAGAGAUGCUCCAAAACUGGAGUUACCUGAAGGAGUGGGUUUCAAGGUGGGCAGUGAUUCACCCAUUAAGUACAUAGUGCUACAGGUGCAUUACGCCACUAUAACAAAGUUUAAAGAUGGCAGCACUGAUGAUUCGGGAGUCUUUAUAAGAUAUACAGAAAAACCCAUGGAUAAAUUAGCUGGUGUCCUUUUAAUGGGCACUGCUGGCUCCAUACCUCCCAUGUCUGUGGAACACAUGGAAACAUCCUGUGAGAUCAGCGAAAACAAAACCAUCUAUCCCAUAGCAUAUCGCACACACACUCAUAGUUUGGGCAAAGUUGUUUCGGGCUAUCGAGUGCGACCCGAUGAUCAUGGCAUGCAUCAUUGGACAUUGUUGGGCAAACGAGAUCCUCUGACACCACAAAUGUUUUAUCCUGUUGAAGAUAAGGAACCAAUUGUCAAGGGUGAUUUAAUAGCGGCGAGAUGUACAAUGGAAAGUCAUCGAAGGAGAAUAACAGAAAUUGGUGCCACAAAUAACGAUGAGAUGUGCAAUUUCUAUCUCAUGUACUAUGUGGAUAAUGAUGAGCCUCUAAACAUGAAAUAUUGCUUUAGCCAAGGUCCCCCCUCAUACUACUGGAGUAAUCCGGAUGUGGGCCUUAACAAUAUACCAGACAAAGAUGCGAGUACAUUGUAGAAAGCUCCCAAAGGAAAAAGAUAAAGGAAAUCUCACAAAAUUCAAAACAAGAAAACCAAACCAUGAGGAGUAGUCAACCAAAACUACGACAGCCACAUUAAAAAACACAAAUCAACAACAAACCGAACAGCUUUAUUUAUAUACUUAAUUAAUUAAAUUAUUACAAAAAUUUAUUAUUUAUCAAAAACAAAAAAAAAAAAAAAAAAACAAGUUGAAGAGGAUGAUCAAGCAGAAGUUAGAAUACAUAUGGUAAUUGUUAAAAACAACAUCACAACCGAAAAUUAUGCAAAAAAAAAAAAAGAAAACAAAAAACACACACAAAUAUAGGGACAACAACUAAAACAUGUGCAAAUAAUGAAAACUUAUCAAAAUUCCCAAAACUAAGAAAAAGAAAACCAAAUUGAAAUGUAAGCAGAAUUUAUCACAACCUAGGAGGACUAAGCUAAACUAAAACAUCACAAUCAAACAUGACAACUACUCUUAAAGUGGAAGUGAUCCCAAGGAUUUUGGAAUAAAGAAUGAAAACAGUGUGCAAACAUUAAGAA